AUGAAUUUGCUUUCACCACAAAACAAAAGUUUAAUCCUAUUCUUUCUAUUUGCUGCAAUUGCCAUUGUUGCUGGUUUGAUUUUAGCGAUUAUUGCAAUCACCUUCUUCCCCAUUACAAUAGUGUUAUUUAUAAUUGUUAAGUAUACUCCUGUAAGUAAAAUUUAUAUUAUUAGGUGCGAAAUAUUUUUACAAAGGUUUAUCAUAAAAUAUAUGACUAUUUGUUCUAUUAGAGUGAGAAACCUAGAAAAUUAUUAUGGGGAUUUAUCUAUGACUUUAUGUGUGCAUAUUUCCCAUUAAAUAAAUGGAGGGCUCUGAAUUAUGGAUAUGCUUUAUUGAAUGAAAAUGGGCGUAUUCUCAACAAUUUGGAUGAAUAAUAAGAAGAAGAAAGAUUCUGCCUCUAAUUAUAUCACAUGGUGGCAACAAAUUGUUUGAAAUUAAAGGAUCUUCAAGGAAAACGAGUAUUAGAGGUUGGAAGUGGUAGAGGAGGAGGAUUGUAUUAUAUUCAUUCAGCCUUAAAACCUGAAUCGUGUGUUGGUGUCGAUUAUUCCUAGAAUUAAGUGGAUUUUUGUAAGACCACCUAUGGAUUAAACCAAAAAUUGAAUUUUCAAUAAGGAGAUGCUGAAAAUUUAACUAUUUUACAAAUCUAAACAUUUGAUUUGAUCAUCAACGUCGAAUCAUCUCAUUGUUAUGGCAAUUUCUAAAGGUUUGUGUAGGAAGUUACAAAAUUACUAAACACUGGAGGCUUAUUUGUUAUUACCGAUUUCAGAGCAAUUUAAGAAAUUAAGCAAUUUGAAGAAGAUCUCUAAUCAACAGGAUUGGUAUAAGAUAUGACUAUAUUAAUAGAAAUUGGAAACCAAGGAAGACAUUACUAUCAAUGUCCUUUAAGCAUUGAAAUUGGAUGAGAAGAGGAAGUAAUAAUGGAUGACUAGACAUUGUGGAAUAAGUAUAUUGCAUUUAUAUUAUUAUUAUAGUCUUCAGAAGCUUCUUUAGUAAAUUUAGUGGUGUUUAGAGUUCUCGUAUAUUUUAGGAAUUAAGUGAAAGAAAAACACUUUAUCUAAUUUAUGCCUUAAGAAAGGUUUGA